AUGGCGACUUUACUUCCUCGUUCUUUAAAUUUUGCUGAAACUGUUUUGCUCAAAAAUGGAACCAAGUUAUUGGCAGCAUCUUCAAAUAAAGUUCCAAACAAACAACAAGUUCGUAACUUAAAUGUUCAUGAAUAUGUCAGCUAUACAUUACUCCGCGAUAAUGGUAUCCCAGUUCCCAAGUUCAAUAUUGCUAAGACAAAGGACGAGGCAGUCAAGUUUGCCACUGAACUUAAUACCAAAGAUAUUGUUUUAAAAGCUCAGGUUCUUGCUGGUGGCAGAGGUAGGGGUUCAUUUAAAAAUGGCCUUAAAGGCGGUGUCAGAAUGGUGGAUACACCUGAAAAGGCUGGAGAUAUAGUAGGCAAAAUGUUAAAACAAUACUUGGUCACAAAGCAAACUGGAGCUGCAGGACGUAUUUGCAACAUGGUGAUGGUUACAGAGAGAAAGUUUCCCCGCAGAGAGUAUUAUGUUGCUGUAAUGAUGGAACGAAGUUUUAACGGUCCAGUGAUUAUUGCUUCCUCACAAGGUGGUGUUAACAUUGAAGAUGUAGCUGCGGAAAAUCCCGAGGCUAUCACAUAUGAGCCCAUAGAUAUUGUAAAAGGCAUAACUGAUGACCAAGUUUGCCGUGUUAUUGAAAAGAUUGGUCUACAAGAACACUCUGCCGAGGCUGCAGAUAUGAUUAAGAAACUAUACGAACUGUUUCUGAAGAAAGACGCCCUUCUCAUUGAGGUCAAUCCCUAUGCGGAGGACGCUAUUUCAGGAAAAUUCUUUUGCUUGGAUGCCAAAUUCCGGUUCGACGACAACGCUGAGUUCAGACAAAAGGAUUUGUUUAAAUUGAGGGACACCACGCAAGAGGAUGCCAAGGAGAUCGAAGCCGCCAAAUUCGAUUUGAACUACAUUGCCCUUGAUGGUAACAUUGGUUGUAUGGUGAACGGUGCCGGUCUCGCGAUGGCCACGAUGGACAUCAUCAAACUGUACGGAGGUGAUCCAGCCAACUUCCUUGACGUUGGUGGUGGUGCUACUGCGCAGGCUGUGACGGAAGCGUUCAAAAUCAUCCUGUCUGAUCCGAACGUGUCGGCCAUUUUGGUGAACAUCUUUGGAGGUAUUAUGCGGUGUGACGUCAUCGCUGAGGGUAUCAUUAACGCGGCCAAGAACCUGGACAUUCAGAUUCCGGUCAUCGUUCGUCUACAGGGCACUAAAGUCACCGAAGCCCGUAAGUUGAUAGCCGAAUCCGGGCUACGUAUAGUGCCACGCGACGAUCUGGACGAGGCGGCCCAACUGGUCGUACAGCUCUCAGAGAUUGUGGCAUUGGCCAAGAAGGCCGGAGUUGAGGUCCGACUCCAAAUACCUAAAUAUAUGAUGUAG